AUGGCUAGCGCCCUGCCUAGGCGAAUUAUCAAAGAAACACAGCGGCUCUUGGCGGAUCCGGUUCCCGGAAUUUCGGCGACGCCCGACGAAUCCAAUGCCAGAUAUUUCAAAGUGAAAAUCGCGGGACCCGACGAUUCGCCGUUCUCCGGCGGCAUUUUCAAUCUCGAGCUGUUUCUGCCCGAAGAAUACCCGAUGGCGGCGCCGAAAGUGCGAUUCAUGACGAAAAUCUAUCAUCCGAACAUCGACAAACUCGGCCGAAUUUGUCUCGACAUCCUCAAAGACAAAUGGUCGCCGGCGCUUCAGAUUCGCACCGUGUUGCUGUCGAUUCAGGCGUUGUUGUCGGCGCCGAAUCCCGAAGAUCCGCUGGCGACCGACGUCGCCGAGCAAUGGAAAACGAAUGAGGCGGAAGCGAUUCGAACCGCCAAACAAUGGACACUUUCCUAUGCUCGUGAGUGA